AUGAAAGUGUCCCCAUCCCUGCAUGUGCAAGCUGCCGGCGGCGCGCCGGAGCAUCCCGCGCGCGGCGGCCCGCUGGUCGUGGGCAUGCGGCUAGAGCAGAGCGACCGGGCGCCCGCGGAGGCGCAGCAGGCGGGCGUGCUGCAGGUGCUGGAGGGCAGCGAGGUGCAGCUGCGCCUCUUCGGGCUGGGCUUGCCGGCGCGCGUGCACGAGCUGGUCUCCUUCUCCGAGGCCGGCCCGGCGGGCGCCGCCCUCGGCAACGCCAGCCGCGCGGCCAACGCUAGCUGCGCCGAGAGGACGCAGGACCUGGUGGUGCAGGCGCGGGAGGGCGAGAGCCGCGACACCUCGGCUGUGCUCUUCGUGACGGUGAGGCCCAUGCGCAAGGCGGAGCGCGCCAAGCUCUACGUGCUCUGCACCCGCAGCCGGCCGGGGCAGCCCUGGCUGCGGGCGCCGAGCAAGGACGCCUUCCUGUGGGUGCUGGAGGAGAAGAAGCUGCUGCUGCCGCUCUGGCUGCAGAUCAUCCUCAUCGGCGGCCUGCUGGUGCUCUCGGGCAUGUUCAGCGGGCUCAACCUGGGCCUCAUGGCGCUGGACCCCAUGGAGCUGCGCAUCGUGCAGAACUGUGGCACGGACAAGGAGCGGGGCUACGCCCGCAAGAUCGAGCCCAUCCGCCGGAAGGGCAACUACCUGCUCUGCUCGCUGCUGCUGGGCAAUGUCCUGGUCAACACCACCCUCACCAUCCUGCUGGACGGCCUCAUCGGCUCCGGGCUGGGGGCGGUGGUGGCCUCCACCACGGGCAUCGUGAUCUUCGGGGAGAUCGUCCCUCAGGCCCUGUGCUCCCGCCACGGCCUGGCGGUGGGCGCCAACACCAUCGCUCUCACCAAGUUCUUCAUGCUGCUGACCUUCCCGCUCUCCUUCCCCAUCAGCAAGCUGCUGGACUGCGUGCUCGGCCAGGAGAUCGGCACGGUGUACAACCGCGAGAAGCUGCUGGAGAUGCUGAAGAUCACAGAACCCUACAAUGACCUGGUGAAGGAGGAGCUGAACAUGAUCCAGGGCGCGCUGGAGCUCCGGACAAAGACGGUGGAGGACGUCAUGACCCCGCUGCAUGACUGCUUCAUGAUCAACAGUGAUGCCAUCCUGGAUUUCAACACUAUGUCAGAGAUCAUGGAGAGUGGCUACACACGCAUCCCUGUUUUCGAGGAGGAGCAGUCCAAUAUUGUGGAUAUUCUGUACGUCAAGGACCUGGCCUUCGUGGACCCCGACGACUGCACCACGCUCAAGACCAUCACUAAGUUCUACAACCACCCGGUCCACUUCGUCUUCCACGACACCAAGCUCGAUGCGAUGCUGGAGGAGUUCAAAAAGGGUAAAUCGCACCUGGCCAUUGUCCAGAAGGUGAACAGCGAAGGGGAGGGGGACCCCUUCUACGAGGUGCUGGGCCUGGUCACGCUGGAGGACGUGAUCGAGGAGAUCAUCAAGUCGGAAAUCCUGGAUGAGUCGGACAUGUACACUGACAACCGCACCAAGAAGCGAGUGAGUAACCAGAAGAACAAGAGGGACUUCUCGGCCUUCAAAGACAACGACACGGAGUCCAAGGUGAAGAUUUCCCCACAGCUGCUCCUGGCUGCUCACCGCUUCCUCUCCGUGGAGGUGGCGCAGUUCACCCCAUGCCUCAUUUCGGAGAAGAUCUUGCUGCGGCUGCUGAAACACCGGGAUGUCAUCCAGGAGCUGAAGUUCGACGAGGGGAACAAGAAGGCCCCCCAACACUUCCUCUUCCACAGGAACAAGCCGGCCGACUUCUUCAUCCUCAUCCUGCAGGGCAAAGUGGAGGUGGAGACCGGCAAGGAGAAUAUGAAAUUUGAGACGGGGCCUUUCUCCUACUAUGGGGUGAUGGCUUUAAAUCCAGUUGUCCCAUCAAUUUCAGAGGUGCGCUCACCGUCUCACAUGAGCAACCUGCAUCGCUCGGCCUCCCUCUGCUACCAUGAGCACAGCGAUUCCUUCUCCUCGAACUUCAGUGGCAGCAACAACCAGCUCAACGCCACCACCAGCUCCCAGUACGUCUCCGACUUCAGCGUCCGGGCCCUCAUGGACCUGCAGUACAUCAAGAUCACGCGCCUCCAGUACCAGAACGGCCUCAUGGCCUCGCGCCUUGAGAGCGGCCCCCAGUCUCCAGAGAGCAGCCUGCCCAAGCUGGACGGUGCCUUGCCCAGGACGGACGACUCCGUGGGGACGGACGAAACGACGGUGCUCAUGAACGAGAGGAACUGCCAGCAUCGCAAGGUGAACCGCAGCCUGCCUCCGGACGACGUCGUGUGACCCCGGCCUUCGGGCAGCCGGCUCGCACGGGCUCGCCCACUCCCGUCCCUUCCAAAGACACGCCGGUGCCCGCGCGCGGGGUCGGCCGCACGCCCGCACUCCUCAGGUAGCCGUGACACCCAGGGAGGCGGCGAGGAAGACGAGAGGACUUCCCUGCGCGUCCCGCGUGCGUCUCCCUAAGCCACCUGAGCUUUCCCGGCCUGCUCCGCCAAGGGAGGUGGCCCAGCCCGGAAGCCAGUGUCCAGCCGCCAGUUCCAUGGACGUGGGCUCUGGAUGCCAAAGGCAGUCCUCUUUCAGGGCAGCCAGAUCCUAGGCACCUGCUAGAAUCUGGAUCCACUCUGGUUUCGUUUUGGGUCGGCAACCCAAGGAUGCCCAAAGAGAGCUCUUGCUUUUCCUAUGCUGGUUUUUUAAUUUAAAGAGACGGAAAGGGAGACAAAGCAAUAACAAGACAGGCAACCUCGGAGGGGGGUGUCUUUUCCCAGGGUCUGCUCGCUUUCGGUCCUCUCUCAGCUGUGGGCUGUUCAGGGGCACCUCCUACCUCCGUUCCAGUGGCACGUCGAUACAGAGACUGCGCAAACUUGCCGGAAGGAGGCGGGAGCAAGGAUGGAGCUUCUCACGACGUACGCAGCCGUCUGUUGAUGAGACAGGAAUUCUUUUCCCAUCUCAGGGAGUUCUGAAUCUUGUAUGUUGUCUAGGGAUAUAUUCUGUAUUUUUUUUAUUGAUCUGAUCGGGGAUUUGAUCGAAGACAAACGUCCGACAAGCGUUGGGGAACUCAGCGGGAUUGAAACAGUGGUUCUUUGCCUUCCAUCCAAGGGAACCUUAAUUUGCGAUACUGUUUCCCCAUCCAAGCUCUGGCUGGUCCCAUCCUCAUGGACUGAGCUCUGGGAUCAUUGCUAGGCCAAGCAUUAGAACCAGGGAUAGAUAGCAUCCCGGGGUGAUGGGGAUGACCUGUAUGACUUUAUAUAGCAGGUGAAAGCUUACCUGUGCUUAAAAAAUAAUAAUAAAUAUUGGCAGAGCAGGGAGGCAGAUGGGCUAGAAGAGUUUUCCCUGAUGGGCUCCUUUCUCUUCGCAGGGAAGUCCGUUCUUGUUUUGGGGGGGGCUUUUUUUAUAUAGGGGAACAUUCCAAAAUGUUACUCCCUGGCCUCGGACGGUACUGGCUGCUUGCCUUCCUCAGAUGUUCUACCUUGUUUGUCGAUCAGGCCAAGGAAAUUAACUCCCAGGCCCUUGUGUUCAAGGAACUGCGUGCUUCUGCACGACCGAUCCAGUGGCAAUCGCGGAAUCAGUUGUGCAGAAUGGCUCAGAGAGCCCUCUGGGCCAAAAGGUUGGGGGCAGCGUUGGAAACUGGCUCCAAGGAGCCCUGCAGUCAUUGGUGGAGGCAAAAGUUUUUUAAAAAUAUUCCUUUAGGGAGGGCUUAAACGCGUGCUUGUAAUUGCAAUCAUAACUUGCACGCAUUUCCUUCUGGUGAAACCUGAUUCAAAUCUCAGUUGAUCUUGGUCAACUUGCUGAGCCCCCUGGCAGUCUUCAAAGGCACAUGUGGAGUGAAUUCUUAAAAUCCGGUUUUAGGGGGCAGAUGGCCCUAUGAGAAGACACGGUUCUCUCCAUUCUUCUGCAGCAACUGACUACUGAGAUUCCAGGGCAGGAGUUGCAGGAAUUGUGUUCAUUUCCAGUGAUCCGGUGGCUUUUGGAUGUAAAGCCAUUUGAGCGCAAAAUAAAGUCUAUCGGUGCCAUCGACCUGGUACUUGAUUUUAGUAAGGGAAGAGGCUGGGAAAGGAAUAGGCCACUUGGAGGGUCACUCUUUGCCAGCAAGGCUGUCAACGUGAUGAGUAGGCGGAGGUGAGGGGGGCUCUCCCCCCACAUGUCAUUCCCCUAGAUCAGCCAGGUGCCUGCAGGUGCCGGGCCACAACUCCUGUACAUUGUAGGGUGUUGAAGUGAUGAUCUCUGUACGGGAUUCGGGCGCUGCGGUUUACCCACCCCAUCCGGGGAGCACUGGGCUGGGGAAGGCGAAUCUGGGCAGCGGACUCCCCUCCCGCGGGGUGAGCCUGCCUCUGCUGCAAGGCUGCCACAGUGCAAACCGGAGGGGGGCCCUGCUGGGGUGGCCACCUGCAGCCCUCCAGCACCCUCCCGCUCCCCAGGGGCCCCACAUUUCUCCCUUGCUGCCACGUCCACUGCUCCUGGUAUGUCCAAAUCCUUCCUCGAAAAGCCACCUUUCCUGCACGGCCUUUGGUCCCCGUACCCUGUGGAAAGAGGGCAGCUCUGGCUGGUCCAGGAGCCGAUGUCUACCUCCAGGACUCUCCUCCCACAAGGAGUCGCUGAAAUUCAGUGGCAACUCCCUAAAUCCUAUUAGUUACUCCUGACAUUUGGCAGUAAAUCACCAGGGAGACCCGAAAGAGCCACAUGUUGCCAGGAAACAAGCUUCACUGCGCACUGUUCACCCUCUGCAGCCGCUUGCAACCCUUCAUCCCGCUGCCGGCCCGUGGACACAAGUUGCCCGUCACUCCCCUACGGACACGAACCCUGACCAAAUGCAGCCGGAGUGACGUAUCCACCAAUUAUACCCGCCCCCGUUUUACUCUCUUUCCUCCACUGUCCACUGUAUGUCAAAUCCAAGAUUGUAAGUCUUUUCUAAGGCAGGCAUCUGUCGUCCUAAAAAGAACAACGGUACUAUAUAAAGAACAAGGCGAGGCGUGCACUGGCUUGGCCUGUGUCGGAGCGACGUGGCAUCAGUGCUGGGUAAAGUUUGGGUGUUGGAUCAGGCCAGCUUUCCAGAUUUUUUCUUGUCUCUGGUUUCCGAGCAGUCACCAGGGAUUCCCCAUUUGUCUGCGGUUCCAAGGAAGGGUUUUUUUAGAAUGAAGCACCCGGGCCAGGAUGGGAUACCCUAUCCUGGGCAAGAUGUGGCAGAGCAAGCCCGGAUUAAGGAAAUCUAGAGCUGCAGAUGCGAUACUUAGAAGAUUACUUGCUCCUGCCCAGUAAUCUGCUGGAGGAGUUGGGAAGCUAAGCAUCCAGUGAAAGCGGUUAAUUUGGUCACUCCUGUUCUAAAGACUCAGCAAGAAGUCCUGGACCAAAUUAUGCAGCCCAGAAUUUCUUCCUGUUUCAUGUUGGGUUGCACUGGGACAAAAGCUCCCCUGCAAAGAUUGGAUCCAUCUUGGGAGGGCACUGCUUUAAGAUGCUUGCUUCUUCUUUUAAAUAUGAGAUAACAAAAUAUUUGUCUUCCUUCUCUUUCCUCUACUGGCCCCUUUUCUCCAUUUUCCUUUUAAAAGUUUUGCCACUGCUAUAUAUAAGCAGCAGCUUGAUGCUUUGAACCGAAAUGCCCCUAAAAAGGCAAGGUCAGGAGAUGGCAUUGUUAACACGGGCAUUCAGAAGUAUGGCAUCCAAGGAACACAAUCAAAUUACCGAAAGCGCUUGAAGCACUGGCAAGAAUUUUUAGAGCAAGAACCUUUCAGCCACCUCAUAUUUAAAGUUAAGAAUUCCUUAAAAUCCCAUGCCCAAAAGUCACCAAAUAUCCUGCCUCCCUGUGAGGAAUAAAGGAACUGUGGAACUUGUGUGCAGCUAUUUCACCUAGCUUGACUCAGAAUUACCUGUUGCAUCUCUGAGUCCCUGUUCUGGGCCUGUGUCAGACUUCCUUUCACUUCUGGGCUUACAUUUUGCAGCAGGUCAAGUUAGAGCUGCAGAUCUAUAGUGAAAGUACAUAAGGACCGAGGAGGGACCAUUUUACCUUGUGCAAUUUGCCAUGAACCAAAAGAGAACUUGGAGCAAAAUGCCUCUGCAUCUUUACUUGGAAGUAAGUCCCACAUGCUGGGUGGGCCUUUCUCCCAAGUAAGUGUGUUUAAGUUUGCACUUUACUGCAAGAUUUAGCCAUCCACUUUGUCCUUCCACACAAGGGGAGUGUGUGUGCAUACUUUACACUCUUUCAUACAAAAGAGUACACUUAUUCUCUGUUAAGUUGUACAUAUUGUUGGUGGAAUGAUAAUUUUACUCCCGAACAUCUCUCACAGCAGGGAGCCUUCAGAGGCUGUACAAUUUCUUAGCAGAAAGUAUUUUUUAAAAAGUUCCAAAUGGUGCCUCCCCUUAAAAAGUAUAAUUAAAAAGCCAAAACGGUUUGGAAGUUGCUGCCUUCAGUCUUAGCAAACAAACUGGCAGCUGUUUAAUGCUGAGCCAGCCAUGUCCUGUGGGAACUGUGUUUGAACUGGCCGGGAGUUCUCCUCAGCCGAAAUGCUUCCUGAAAUUGAGGACAUUCGGCUCGUGUCGAGGCCCAAGUCUGAACCCUAAAUGCACUACAACUUCUUUGGUGACUCCAUGAUACUGUUCCUCGUUUCCCCCCUGUGGGGUGUGAAAUUAGGGGAAGCAACGAGCGCUUGGUGGCAGGAACUGUGUGUGCCUUGAAUCCACAGCUUGAGAGGAGGGCAGUGCAGAUCUGUUUUAGUUUUCUGCGGUUCGAGCUGCGAGGAUAGGAUGGACGGCAGGGCAAGCCGGCUCUCGGCAUUCCUCCCCAAUGCUCCGGCUGCAGGGGUCCCCAGAAAGCUUCUGGCCCAGCAGGAGACAGGACAGAACUCCCAGCAGAACGGAGGUGCCGCCCAGCCUUCAUCAAGGCUGGCUCACCGCGCCUGCCCAGGGGUGCUGUGGGAUUGCAGCGUGGCUGGGAAGCGGACCCCCGCCCGAGGGGCCUGAGGCUGGAGGAACGGGGACAUGGCGAGGCCUUUUUGGAAUGCUCCCCUGUGCUGGAGGCGGCAGCGUUGGGUCAAGCCAGCCGAAAACCCGCACAUCGGGAGGAAGCCCGAAUUGGGAUCGUGCUCCUCUGAAGGGAGACCAGCUGCUUUGGUGGUCUGCCCACUGAUUCCCCGCUUGUCUGAGCCAGGCCAGUAACCUUCCCCCCAAUCCCCAUUUCCUGUAUGUACCGAAGCAGAAUUAACUCAGAACAGUUGGGUUACUUUAUAGCAAUACUUGAUUCUGGAAAUCUAGGGAGAAAGCAGCUUCUUUUACCUUUUGACCUUUUUGGAAAACUAUGCAGAUGGGCGAAAUCCAUCUUUAGCCAAAGAAUGGCAUCCAUUUUAACCACCCUUGCAGGGAUAUUUUAUGCAGGUCUUUGAGUUUUUAAGCAGCUUUAUUUGACUGUAUAUGUGUGUCCUUUGAAUGUAGCUUUUUGUCUGACUUCUAAAUUUCUGUUGCGUGCGGGGGUUGUUGGGGUUUAUUUCCCUUUUGAAAAUAUUAUUAUUCCUAAGGAAAGCACAGUGGUUUCUCAACAUUUGCCCCUUUGUGGGUGACAUGAUGUAAUUUAUUGUCUUUUUCUGAUCUUAAAAUGCAAACACUAAACUUAAGAUCCUAGCUCCCAUGAAGGAGAUACGCUUCUAAAAAAUGAAAUAAAUAAUAUUAUCAAAUCA